AUGGCGGUUGUCGAUACCGAAAAUAAAUCAGAUUUAAGACAACUUUUCCAAAAUAUAUCACCAUACUUUACUCCAGAGGAAUCAGAACAUGUUGUACUGUCAUUUAAACAGAAUUAUGGAGGGAAAUUCAACUCUCUAGACGAUUGCGAUCUGCUGAGGUGUUUUCAUCUUCUCGAAGAGAAUGGGUAUGUAUCUGAAAACAACAUCAAACUAAUCGAAGACUUCGUUGCUUUGAAAUCGAGAGGAGAAGAACUCAUUAAGGACGCUAUGGAAAAUUUUAAGGCCUCUCGUCCAGUAAAAGCUGAUCCAGAGAAGAAAUUGCUGGGACGGUACGAUGAAAUCACGAAAAUCAACCGAAAACUGGCAUCAAAAGAUUCUGCAGCUUUAAACUUGUUUGGAUCGUCUGGUUUGGGAAAGACAAGACUUGCUAAGGAAGUUUGCUCACAAUGGCGUGGAAUAUAUCAUGUUUUUGAUCUUAGAGAAGCAAAGGAUAUGAGAGCGAUUUAUUACAACAUUCUACAUUCUCUCGAUCUAGCUGUUCCAGUUGGUUACAUUGAACUAAAGAAUGUUGUGGCAAAAGUUCAAGAGAAAAUAAGAGAGUUGCAGACGAAAAGGGAGGGACAUGGUGUUCUGUUUAUGCUGGAUAAUGUGGAUCGAUUUACCGCAGGACAAGGAAAGGAGGGAAAGAACUUGAAAACAGCUUUUAUACAAUUUUUAGAAAAGCUUCUAGAAACCAAAGAAAAAGGGUCUCCCUUGAAACUUUUACUUACAUCAAGGGCUCAGUUAAAAGAUUCCAAAAAGGUGGAAGAUUUUGAAGUCAAGUCCCUGAAAAGAUCUUUUUCGGAGAAAAUCCUCUUUCCUAAGGGGAUGAAUGACGUCCAACCCCACCAGAUGGAUAAAUUUGUUAAUACCACCAAAGGAUCUCCCCUUUUUCUAGAAUUACUGGAUCCUAUUUUGCGACAAGGGCGGAAAUCUGUUGAUGAACUCAUCGCAAGACUUGCACUCACUCCAAAGAAAUCCAAAGUGGAGGAAGAUGCCUCAGAGAAGCCAUUCGAUUUUGAGGACGAUGGAGUAGACAUGGGUCAGAUAUCGGUAGUGAGAGAAACAUUCGACACACUUCCCACUGAAAGUUUGAAGGUAUCUGCAGUAGUAAUCUCCUUGUUUCAUGGGCCUUUCUCUGUGCCAACAGCUGCCAAAGUUCUUGGUAUUGACCAGUCAGAAGCUAUUGCUCAGUUAGAGGGUCUUGCAGCCAGUCGAAUCCUUUUUGUAGUUGACAAGGAAGCAAAAGAAAGGAAGUAUGACAUCCAUCCACUCUUACAGAAGUAUGCUGACAGUAUCAAGAGUCAGGAAAACUUUCUUGCUCUCUAUCUGGAGGCAAAAGCGCGCUUUUAUGAACUCUUCAUGUCCAGGAUGAAGGAAAUUGCCAAACUCAUUGAGCCAGACUAUGUCAGAGCAUUCCAUUUAUUUGAGACAGACAGAGGAAACUAUGAGUUCACUGUUGACAUAUCUUUGCAACCAAAAUAUUUCAGUGUUCCAGGUGAAUUCCAUGAAUAUACUUUGAUUGCUUCCCUUUUUGAUGCAAUGCUAAAUGAGAAGAAAAUAAUCAAGGUGUUUCAUAACUGGGCUGAGAAGUGCCAAGAUGAUGGAAAGACAGGUUCUCUCAUGCGAGCACAGUUGAAAUGCCGGGAAGUAAAGCAAGUUCUUGAUGUCCAUGGAACAGAGAAAGCAUUUGAGGUACUGAUGACAGCUUUCAGUUCACUGGAGAAAGUCAACGACAAAACUAGUGAUUAUUUUAUGCUCACCAAAGGACUCUAUCUGUAUUGUGAAGGUGAGAUCCUUUGGAGAAAUGGAGACUUUAAGAAAGCACUUGAAUGUUUGAAGUCAUCCUUGGAAUUCUUUAAGGCACUGCCAGAGGAGCACACUGAUCUUGCGAGGUGCUACAAUGCUAUUGGAAACUGCUAUUCGAGUCUAAAACUACUUGAGAAGGCACUUGAGUUUUACAACAAAGCAUAUAUGACUCAAAAGAAAGUGGCAGGAUCUGAGCAUCACUUUGACAUUCCAAUUUACAAGAAUCAAAUUGGA